AUGGAUUCAGGAAUUGAGCCCGCGCAGACUGCCACCCUUGCACCGGCGCCCGCCUUCAACACGGAGCCAGUUGCAAUAUUCUGGCUUGUGUGGGCGGGGGUUUGGACUGUCACAGUGCUCUGUGGUAUGGCAUUUCUCUUUUCCAACCGCAAAAUGCCUUUUCUGAGAAUCCGUGGGUUGGCUUUGUCGUUUGGCGCCGUCACCAUGCUCCAUCUGUACUGGGUAUCGGUCCAGAUCGGUCUGUCAAUUGGUCAAUUUGUUCCCGACGGCGCAGAGUUUUGGGUGAUGGGACUUUACCUGCCCUUCGGCAUUGCUCUCUUCCACGCCUCCAACAGCCGCUUCCUGCAUGUCGCCAAGGCGCAGCGCAAAUAUGCGGAGAAGCCACUUUGCCCACGGUCCAAGUCACAGUCGCCUGCCUGCAACUGCAGAGAUAAGACCCUGGCGGGAAGGCUCCGCAAGUUAGACUACACCACCAAAAUGCUGGCUGUGGUUAGCACGGGCAUGGUCGUACAGCUUCUCCUAAUGGUUGUCAUGUAUCUCGUCUCACGCAAGUAUCACCCAUGGUUUGGCGUCCCCGGCACGGAAGUCAGAGGCACUCCGAUGCAACGGAAGGUCGAGAUGGGUCGAGGUUGGGAAUGGUGGCCUUCGGUCUUUUGGCAGUUUGUCUGGGCCUGGAUGGUCGCGCCUGUCAUUCUCUGGAAAUCACGGGGGAUCAGAGACACCCAAGGGUGGCGUCUUCAGACCAUUGCAUGCUGCACCGCAAGGAUUUGCCUCUCCAUCACCUUUAUCGAAGUCUUCGCCAUCUUCGUUCCAUGUUGGCAAGUGUUGAAACACAAGUCGCUCCAACAAGAGACACUUGAGUCUAUCGCCCUUUGGGAAGCCAAGAACAAGUCCCGCAACGGCAGCGAUUCUAUCAUCACCGACUCAACUAAAGUUGGGUCUGACGCCUCCAUCACUUGGAAGUCACUGGUACAGCUCGAAAAAGACACCAGUCAGGCCGACAGUGUGUAUACCAUGGGCGCUCUAGAGUAUGUUUUGGAAAAGAACCCCGAGCCCCUGCGCAAGUUCUCGGCUCUCAGAGACUUUUCUGGAGAAAACAUUGCGUUCCUGUCAGCUGUUGGAGAGUGGAAAGCAUCGAUUCCGCGAGGUCCUGACGCGCAACAACGGUCAUCAGAGCUCACCCGUGAGCGUUUCAACCGCGCCCUUCGAAUCUACACCGAGUUCAUCAGCCCCCACCACGCCGAGUUCCAGAUCAACAUCGCAUCACAAGACCUCAAGCGGUUGGAGACAGUCUUCGAGAACGCUGCUAGGAUUUUAUAUGGCUACAAGACUGAGCGGUUCUUCGAUCCUGUGGUUCCAUUUGAGGAUGUAACUUGGGGCCCAGAAUCUUCUUCCGGUAAUUCAGACAAAGGGACCUGGUCGCGAGAUGGCAGAGGAGACUGCAUCACGGAUCGUGUGCAAUACUGGGGGGAGAUCCCAGAGGCCUUCAACGCGGAUGUGUUUGAUAAUGCGGAGACCAGUAUUAAGUAUCUUGUUCUGACAAACACUUGGCCGAAAUUUGUCAAGGAGAGGAGGUACUCGCUAGGCUCCGAGGAUUCUGGAGAAACCACAGACACGUACCACUCGAAUUCCACUUUGUCGAGGGUUGCGAAGUAUUUUAGGGCUAUGAAAACUGUAGUGUAG